GACUGCUGCUGGAAGCGGCACUGCAGUGACUGUAUCUGCCUCUUUGCAGGCGAGCGCGCACAUACGGGGCAAUAUUUGCCUCCCUCGAAGAAAAUACAGAUUGUUGCCGUUUUCUUGCUUUGAAUGCGAGGUGGGAGCAUGGGGGAAAGCGGACUUUAAAGGGGAUUGAAACCGCUUGGCGGUCAGUAGCGCCCUGUCCCCUCUGGCCUAAAGGGGGAACGGAAAUGUGAGGAUUUUAUGAGGGCGGGGAGCCGGGGUGCGGAGGAAAUACUGCCCGGGAGUUGCCGGAGGGAACGCAGGACCGAUCCGCGGUUGCCUCUCGUUUGGCUCCGUCCUUUUCGGCUUCCCCUUUCGCUUCACUCCGGUAUCUCUGCUAGACGUCCUGCCUUAAACUAUCGCGAAAGGGAGGGAAGAGCGGAAGCAUGUCCAACCCGGAGAAGCGGAUCUUAUCCCGCCCCUCGGCCCCCCUGGCUGCAGCACCCGGGGAAAAGCCCGGCUCCGGCAGCCGCCCGCUCCACUCCCAUGGCCAGAGCGGUGGAGGUGGAGGCAGCGGCGGGUCUCCUCCUCCUCCCCCCGCUCCUGGAGGCGACUCGCCUGCCUGCAGCUCCCUCUCUCUCCUCCUAACAACCACCAGCAGCAGCAGGAGCCGCGCUACAGGCACAGCCUCCUCCGCCGUCUCCGCCAGCAUCGUCUCUAGAGCGGCAGCGGCUCCUUUCCUCGUUCCAAUCCCCUCCUUCUCCUCCGCUUCUCCAUCUUCUUUUUAUUUCUUGCCGCCGCCUCCUCGUUUCCCCUCCUCAUUUUCCUUUAACCUCACAAGUCUCCAAGGGAGGGAAGGAGGAGGAGAGGCAGCGAGAGCGGCAGGAGGAGGAGGUGGAGGAGGAGGAGGAAGAGAUGUUGGCGGAGCAGCAGCAGCAGCAGCUCACUUGAUCGCCCAUCCAGGCGGCAGCGGCAGGAGGAGGCUCUUCUGUUCUUCCUCCAUCCAGGGCUUGCUGCUCCGUUCCGCAGCCAGCGGCCCCCGGCAGCACCACUCCCGGCUCCUCCUCUCCCCAGCCGCCUCUCGCCCGUGGUCCUGCAAUUCCCUCGGUGCUGCAGCAGCAGCAGCAGCCCGCGGCGACGGGAUCCGAGGAGGCGACGGCCCCGGCGGGAGCAGGACUCCUAGGCGGCAGCAGCGGCAGAGAGGCGCCUUCUUCUCCUUCUCGUCUCCCCUGCUCCCAGGGCCAGACAUGGAAGAUGGAUCUAAUUCUGCAAGCUGCUUUAGGAGAUUUACGGACUGUUUCUUGAAUACAAGCUUAACAGAUGAAAAAGUGAAGGCAUAUCUUUCUCUUCACCCCCAGGUACUGGAUGAGUUUGUGUCAGAAAGUGUAAGUGCAGAAACUGUGGAAAAAUGGCUAAAAAGGAAAAAUAACAGACAAGAAGAUGAAACGGCUCCUAAAGAAGUCAGCAGGUACCAGGAUACGAAUAUGCAAGGUGUAGUGUACGAAUUAAACAGCUACAUAGAGCAGCGCCUGGAUACAGGAGGAGAUAACCAACUGCUUCUGUAUGAGCUGAGCAGCAUCAUUAAAAUAGCUACAAAAGCUGAUGGGUUUGCACUGUAUUUCCUGGGAGAAUGCAAUAAUAGUCUGUGUGUAUUUACACCACCAGGAGCUAAAGAAGGACACCCACGACUCAUUCCUGCAGGGCCCAUUGCACAUGGCACUACAGUAUCAGCUUAUGUAGCCAGAUCCAGGAAAACGUUGUUAGUAGAAGAUAUUCUGGGGGAUGAGCGAUUUCCCAAAGGUACUGGACUGGAGUCGGGGACCCGUAUCCAGUCUGUUCUGUGUUUGCCAAUUGUCACAGCGAUUGGUGACCUGAUUGGUAUCCUGGAGCUUUACCGUCACUGGGGCAAAGAAGCCUUCCACCACAGUCACCAAGAGGUUGCAACAGCAAAUCUUGCAUGGGCUUCAGUAGCAAUACAUCAAGUACAAGUGUGCCGGGGCCUUGCCAAGCAGACUGAACUGAAUGACUUCUUGCUUGAUGUAUCGAAAACAUAUUUUGAUAAUAUAGUUGCAAUAGAUUCUCUACUUGAACAUAUAAUGAUAUAUGCAAAAAACCUGGUGAAUGCAGAUAGGUGUGCACUCUUCCAGGUUGACCACAAAAAUAAGGAGCUGUAUUCAGACCUUUUUGAUAUCGGAGAAGAAAAUGAUGGAAAACCUGUCUUCAAGAAGACCAAAGAAAUAAGAUUUUCUAUAGAAAAAGGAAUAGCUGGUCAAGUGGCAAGAACAGGAGAAGUCCUUAACAUCCCUGAUGCCUAUGCAGACCCACGCUUUAACAGAGAAGUAGACCUCUACACAGGCUACACAACCAGAAACAUCCUGUGCAUGCCUAUUGUGAGCCGAGGAAGUGUAAUAGGUGUUGUGCAGAUGGUGAACAAAAUAAGUGGAAGUGCCUUCUCUAAAACUGAUGAGAACAACUUUAAAAUGUUUGCAGUCUUUUGUGCUUUAGCCUUACACUGUGCUAAUAUGUACCACAGAAUUCGUCAUUCAGAGUGUAUUUACCGUGUAACGAUGGAGAAGCUAUCCUACCACAGUGUUUGUACAGCGGAAGAGUGGCAAAACCUCAUGCACUGUACACUGCCUCCACAUAUUUAUAAAGAAAUUGAACUAUAUCAUUUUGAUAUCAGUCCGUAUGAAGAUGUUUGGCCUGCCAUUUUUGUCUACAUGGUUCACCAGUCCUGUGGGACAGCCUGCUUUGAACUUGAAAAGCUGUGCCGAUUUACUAUGUCUGUAAAGAAGAAUUAUCGCCGCGUGCCCUACCACAACUGGAAGCAUGCAGUUACCGUCGCACAUUGCAUGUAUGCCAUACUGCAGAACAACCAGGGGCUUUUCACUGAUCUAGAGCGAAAGGGUCUUUUAGUUGCAUGCCUGUGUCAUGACCUGGAUCACAGAGGUUACAGCAACAGCUAUCUCCAGAAAUUUGAUCACCCCUUAGCUGCUCUCUAUUCCACAUCAACGAUGGAACAGCACCACUUCUCACAGACUGUGUCCAUCCUGCAGCUGGAAGGGCACAAUGUCUUCUCCAAUCUGAGCUCCAGUGAAUAUGAGCAAGUCCUUGAGAUCAUCCGGAAAGCCAUCAUCGCCACAGACCUUGCCCUGUAUUUUGGAAACAGAAAACAACUUGAAGAGCUGCAUCAGACAGGAGCAUUAAAUCUUAAGAACCAAACACACAGAGACAGAGUGAUUGGCCUGAUGAUGACAGCUUGUGAUCUGUGUUCUGUAACAAAGUUGUGGCCAGUUACCAGACUGACGGCCAACGAUAUAUAUGCAGAGUUCUGGGCUGAGGGUGAUGAAAUGAAGAAAACAGGUAUUCAACCUAUUCCUAUGAUGGACAGAGAUAAGAAAGAUGAAGUCCCUCAGGGUCAGAUUGGAUUCUACAAUGCUGUAGCCAUCCCAUGUUAUACCACCCUUGCACAGAUCUUUCCUCCAACUGGGCCACUACUCCGAGCAUGCAGGGACAAUCUCAAUCAAUGGGAGAAGGUAACGAGAGGUGAGGAAGCCUCUAUAUGGAUUUCUUCUCAAUCCCUUGCUCCUGGGACCUCAGAUUCUCUUCCUGUGAAGAUUGAUGACUGAACAGCAGCAACAGAUUGCUUUAGCCUGAAAAGCACCCCUUCUUGUUUUGGGGAUUGUUUUUUGUUUUGUUUCAUUUUUAUUUGAAAAAUAAUAAAUAAAAAAAAAAAAAAGAAGAAGGAAAGCUACAAAAUGCUAAGAAGUAGACCUGCCUAGGAAGGUAACACCCAGGGAGUUACCUCAGCUGAGUGACUCUGGCAGCCAAUCUCCUGACCUACACCAGUGACACAACGUAAACAGAGGGAAAAUGACAACUCAGAUGUUUUGGAGUCAGCUAUCAAAAGAGAACUUACAACUUGUGAAUAUAAAAGACUGGCCUUAUCUCAUGGGCUACAUUGCUGAGGCCUUAAUUUAAAACUGAUGGGGUGGGGGGGAGAAUCUUAUGGGGUACUUCUAAAUUGUAUCUUUCUAGUAAGGGUUUCAAUGGUACUUUUAUUAUACCGUACUGUGGCUGGCUUUAACACCAGUGUCACUUGGGAGUUCUUGGCUAUAAAUAGAACAAUAUACCCAUUGCUAUUGUGAAUGUUUAUGUGUGAUCUACUUGUAAUCAGUUUGAACUCCAGCAGAGUCCUUGGAGACUAUAAUUUAUGCUUAGGUUACAGUGAAUUCUCUUGCUGCAAACUAAAGGAAAACCAACAUUCAGGUUAAAGUUUUAAAGUACUUCAUUAAGCAUCAUGAUGCCAGUUGUCUGUCACUCGCAAGGGAAAUGCUGAUAGAACUAGUGUUGGUGCUUUGUUCUUUAGGAUGUUUUUUAUACCUAGACAACCCCUCCCUUAAAACACUGGAAGUACUGGUUAAUUAUCUCCAAAGUGAGAGGGAGUUUCAGGUGGAGUUUUUGUAUCCAUAGUGACAGAAAUAUUGGAUUAAAAUUUAAAUGUGACAGCAAAGAUUUCCUUGCCUAGCUCACAAUUAAGUAAAGUCAUCAUUUUAAUUUCUACCUACUGAGCUGUAUUUUAAAAGGUAUCAGAGGCAUACCUGAAAUAUGCUAUCUGCUGGGAACAAAAGCCUUGUCGGAAAAGUCAGGUCUGAUAAGAGGGAUUGUGGUACCAUCACAAUAAAUCAAAAAUGUAUUUGUAUUGACUAGCUUUUGUGUUGCACAGUAACACUGCAUGUCUUCUACUGCUUUUUUCCCCCCAUCCCAAGAUGAGUGAAAUUAGAAAACUUCUCCAUUUGUCUGGUUUUUUCCCCCUAGUUAGUGAAAUUUCCAGGUUUAGAAAAGUCUUUCUUAGUGAAAGAAUAGCUGACUGAAGAAAAGUACACUGAACAGUGUGUUUACAGUUCUGUGCUGACUUAGGCCUCAGCCUUACAAACUUAUGCACAGACUUACAUGUAAUGCCACUCUUAAAUUUAGUGCAGUUGUACAGAAUGUUUCACAGCACUUAAUUUGCCUUUGUCUUGCUCUUAAAAAUAAUGAGAAGAAAUCUUCAUAGUGAUCCACACAGUAGGUGAAAACACAGUCUUUGCAUACCUUUCACAUACAGCCUAUAUUGCAUUAUGUGCUUUUUCACAGAUAAUGCACUCUUGUGGAGGUUCCGUGGUAACGUGGCCAUUGUGUACCUGCAGUGAGUAAUGGUAGUGACGUAAAGACAGAACACAGGUUCUCUUUUUCCAUCUCCUGUCUUUUGGGCUCUAUUGCUCUAAUAGGCAUGCCAGCUUUUGGGUUUCAUGUGAACAACUUGGCCUCUUGAGUUUUGCCUUCUGUUAUGGUCGAGCACAUAUCAAUAUCUGUUUGUGUGUACAGUCCGUGAUCCGUAUCGCAUUAUGUACAAAUGCACCUAAGCCUUUGCUGUACAUAGAGAUCCCACAGGCUGAGAAUUCAAUAUGAAGUUAUCUUAUUUGUAUGAUGCAUGUUACCUAGCAACAGCCCCUUAAUUUAUUUUUUUUUUUCAUUUGCCUUACCAAUUCUGAGUGCAGAAAUUCUUUGGUCAUCCCAGCAAACUGGUUUGGAAUUGAAAAAAGAGCAAAAACCAAAAAAAGAAAAAACAUGGCAGAAAUCAAUUACACCAAAGUAGAAUAAAUAAUGUCUCAUGCUGUGUCCUCUACUUUCCUCCUUCACCAUUCUGUUUCAGCUAAAUAAUGCAGAUGCUACCUUUCAUCCACUAAGUACUUGAGACAGAAUCCACGGUUCCUAAUUUACAUGGGAAUUAUCUAAAUCUACAAAAGCACUCUUUGAAAUUCAGAUACCCCAACAACUGGAUGGAAUGUUUUCCUUCCUGCAUUAAGCAUAUUUGCUUAAGCAUAUUUGCAUUAAAUAUAUUUACCAUUAUUUUCCCUUUCUAUUUAAAAAUGCUGAUCUUAAAAGCACUGCAAAAGUAUUCCUCAUCACGCUAUAUCUGUGUGUAUGGAAAGCUAGUAAAGAUAACUUCACUAGGUCUGUUUCCUACCAUUGAAAAUGUUUGGCAGUAUCACACACUAUGUUGUGUUUUGGAGUUUAUAAGUACUGAUAGAGGUCAUGUUUAUCUGGCAAAUUUGUCAAAUUGGCAAUAAGUUGUUCUAUUAAUGUCUCAACUGAAUCAGCUACUGUUUCUAAUAGAGAACUGUCCAAACCACUUAAAAUACAUGUUUGCUAUAGUAUAAUGUCUAUUAGAAUUUUUAAAAUUGGCUGUGGUUUGGGUUGAUUUCCUGGUGUGACAAAAUAUUACCUCUUGUUAGGACCUAGACCAACAGAAAGAGUCAUGGCAAUCUUGGUUUUUUUUAAAGGAAAUGUGGUCUUUCUUAGCAUUUACCAGGUACAAAUUCAUGAAUGUAAAUAUUUUGUAGAAAAAAGACUUGUACCUGCAUUUCCAAAGUCAAAUUCACCAAAAGAACUUUGGAGCUUCAUUUGAAUUUCAUGGCUCAAAGACAUGUGGAGAUUUAAUUGUUCAAAGUUCUGACUCAAAAUCACAAUAGAUUAAGACAUCUAGGUUUGUAAGUAAUCUGACUCAUUAAGUUAAAUUAUCAAAAUUCAUUCCUCCUUCCAUUCUUAUCCUGCUAAAACUGAUCUUGCCCAAACGACUGUAUAAAAAGCUUAACAGAUCUCUCCUUUCCUAGAAUUUUGAGGUUUUAUAUUCCUGGAAUUUCAUUUUUCUUUAUAAUAAUUCCAGCUGCUUUUCCCUCCUAUGUCUAGUAAAGGUAAAAGCACUGUUUGAAGUUGUAACAGCAUUUCUAAUGUAUUAUGAAAAGAUGCCUGAAAGGUAUACAGUGAGUGCGAAAAAUAGUUGACAUAGCAUGAUACUCAUCAGAGAUGUUGUAUAUUUUAUUACAGCAUGACAAAUUCCAUUGCUAUGAUUAAUCUAUGAAUUUUGCAUGAUUUUACAACAUUCUAGUGUUAUGGUUCAACUCAUGGAAGUAAUUUUUUUUCUAUAAGUGACCAUUAGAGAAAUGAAAUACUGAUUUUUUAACCUGGCUUAUAUGAUCAAGCAUAUUAACUUGGAGGGGAUAUGCAGAAUGGAAUUCGUAUUUUUAUGUGACACAGAUUUCUUUCCUGUGUUUAAACUUGAAACAGUGUGAUCAGUUUGCUGUGACUGCACUUAGAGCAUUUAUUUUUAAAAUUGUAGGAGUAAGUAGCAAAAAAGCACUAUUCAUGUUAGAAAAUAGAGAUUGUUAGAUGCUCAAAUCAAUCAUGACCCUCUUGAAAUAAUGCAUUUGCCUCAAACACUGUGAUAUUGGACCAGGUCUGUGAAGUGGAACAAUUAAUUUAUUCAUUCUAAACACAGAAAAGGCUUUCUGCACACUACUAUAAGGAAGUUCAUGUUAAAACUUUAAGUUAUAUAUCCCAAUCUAGCAAAGGCACAUCAUAACUUUUGUUUGCUUUCUGACCAAAAACUGUGCUCGAUUGUAAUACGGGUGUAUACUCUGUCAAAUAAACCUAAAAUAACGGACUGCUUUCUAGGAUAGAUCAAACUGAUUUGUAGAGUAGUUUCAUAAAUAUUCCAAAUUCAGGUUGGGCUGUUAUGUGGAGAAGAAAGAACUUCAAGGUAACAACAUUCAACUUUACUACAUUUAGUGAGCUGAAAAUUUUGUUUUAUAUAUAUAUAUAUUUACACACACACAUAUAUAUAUAUAUGAUACAUAUAAACUAUCUUUGUAAAAAAUAUGCAAGUGCAAUAAUUUAAAGAGGUCUUAACUUUGCAUUUAUAAAUUAUAAAUACUGUACAUGGUGUGUAAUUUUUUUCAUGUAUUCAUUUGCAGUCUUUGUAUUUAAAAAACAAACCUAAACCUUUACUAUUACGUUUGUACAAUAGAACAGUAAGCAUUUAUUAUGAUAUAGUUAAGUUGUAAAUAAAUUCACAAACCAAACAGCCAGUACAUAUGCAUAUAUGGGUGUCCUAUUGUGAAACCUGUUUUUGCUUUUACUGCUGGCUUUAGCACAGCAAGACGACUUCUGUGGAUAUGUAAUUAUACAUAUAAAUAUAUGUAUGAUACAUAAAAUAUAUUUAGAAAUGUUCAUAAUUUUAAUGGAUAUAUCUAUACAUAUACUUUGGUGUGAAUAUUACUGAAUACAGAGUUUUUUAAUAUUA